ACCGCCGAUUCAAGACGCGCUUGCUAUACCCAAAACCCAUAGAUUUACAUAUGAUGAAUUGAAGGCCAUCACCAACAAUUUUGAUCUUGUACUUGGAAAGGGGGGGUUUGGGAAUGUUUACUUACCAUGGUCGAUUGCAUGAUGGCACUGAAGCUGCAGUAAAACUUUUGCACUCACAUCGGAUGGUCAAAGGGACAUCAUCUGAGGAGUUUCAAGCCGAGGCUCUUCUCUUAUCGAGGGUCCAUCACAGGAACUUAGUGUCUUUGAUCGGGUACUGUAGAGACAGCAAUCAACUUGGACUUGUUUAUGAAUAUGCUGCUCGUGGAAGUCUUAGAGAUCAUCUUUCAGAUAAAACUGGAAAUAGCCAAACAUUGAGUUGGAGAGAACGAAUUCGGAUAGCAGUGGAAGCCGCACAAGGUGAUCUUACAAUUGGUAUUGCUUUUUAUAUAUCUUUUCAAUUUCUCACUUUCUCUUCCACUGAACAAUUUAUGAACAGGUCUGGAGUAUCUACACAAGGGAUGUGUGCCACCUAUAAUCCAUAGAGAUGUGAAGACUAACAAUAUCCUCUUAACAUAUGACUUUGAGGCAAAGGUAGCAGAUUUUGGGCUGUCAAAGUCUUUCCUGACCGAUGCCCAGACUCACGUAUCUACUGAUGUUGUGGCUGGCACUCCAGGAUACAUAGAUCCCGAGUAUGUUUUCUACUUCACAGAAGUUUGUCAGAUAAUAUUUGCAGUGUGAAUUGCUCAGGAUUUCCUUGAUUGCCCCUCUACUGACAAGUCGGUUUAAUUUGUUUUAUAGAGAACUUAAGAAUUACUUUGGCAACUAAAUGAAAAAGAGAAUGAUGGAGAAUCACAAUGAGAAGAAACACAAAAAAAUGUUCUUUUUCCAAAUGUGAUGCAGAUUUCUUUCUUAGCUAA